GACCCGUGGGGUCGGAGUCCGGGUCAGGACCUGCGCAAGGCUCUGUGUGCCAGAGGGGAGGGGAAGCUGGUGCGCUCGGUGCACAUCCGCAGAGCGAGCGCCGCACGGGAGAGGCCGUCGAGGUUACACCGGGAGGGUUGAGGGCUCGCAACAGGUCCGCUGCGCUAAGGCGCAGGGCGCGGACCCUCGGCUCUCCCAGUCCCCUGCCGGCCGCCCCCGCCCCCAUCCCCUCCCCCUUCGCCGCUGCCGCCGCCCAACGUCGCCGCCGGAAAGUUUGCUAGCGGCCGGCGCGGAGCCGGCGCCGACCCCGAUCGCAGUGCGGCGGAGACGAGUGGCUGCCAGCUCCCAGACCUGAGCGAGUUCGAGGACCACGAGACGCACAGCCCUAGCCCGAGCGACAGAGCACAAGCCACUGGAGGACCCCAGAAGCUCUACGGUGGGGACCAGACAUAGUAGGUAAAGGCCCAGUUUCUGACUUCUCCAUACCGAGCCCACUAGUGACCUGGGCAGCAGAUGGGGCAAUUUGAUCCAAAUCAGGAGAGUAAGGCUACUUGGUGACGGCAAGCCUGAGGAGGGGUGUACACACCCCAAGGACCCAGACGUGCAACCCCUGCCAGAUGUGGGGGGUGGCUACCCAAGGGCAUGCCUUGCACCCCGCUCCACAGUCCCCACCUGCUGCUCCUGCUGCUGUCAUUUCUGCCGAAAGCACCCUCGGCUCAGGUGAUGGACUUCUUGUUCGAGAAGUGGAAGCUUUAUGGUGAUCAGUGCCACCACAACCUGAGCCUGCUGCCCCCACCUACGGAGCUGGUUUGUAAUAGAACCUUCGACAAGUACUCCUGCUGGCCUGACACCCCACCCAAUACCACAGCUAACAUCUCCUGCCCCUGGUACCUACCUUGGUACCACAAAGUGCAGCAUCGCCUGGUGUUCAAGAGGUGCGGGCCUGACGGGCAGUGGGUGCGAGGGCCGCAGGGGCAGCCAUGGCGCAAUGCCUCCCAGUGCCAGAUGGACGACGAAGAGAUCGAGGUCCAGAAGGAAGUGGCCAAGAUGUAUAGCAGCUACCAGGUGAUGUACACUGUGGGCUACAGUCUGUCCCUGGGGGCCCUGCUCCUUGCCCUGGUCAUCCUGCUGGGCCUCAGGAAGAUGCACUGCACCCGGAACUAUAUCCACGGGAACCUGUUUGCAUCCUUUGUGCUCAAGGCCGGCUCUGUGCUGGUCGUAGACUGGCUGCUCAAGACACGCUACAGCCAGAAGAUUGGAGAUGACCUUAGCGUGAGCAUCUGGCUCAGCGAUGGGGCGGUGGCUGGCUGCCGAGUGGCCACGGUGAUCACGCAGUACGGCAUCAUCGCCAACUAUUGCUGGCUGCUGGUGGAGGGUGUGUACCUGUACAGCCUGCUGAGCCUUGCCACCUUCCAAGAGAAGAGCUUCUUUUCCCUCUACCUGGGCAUUGGCUGGGCUGCUGUUCCCACAGGGGCGCCCCUGCUGUUUGUCAUCCCCUGGGUGGUGGUCAAGUGUCUGUUUGAGAAUGUCCAGUGCUGGACCAGCAAUGACAACAUGGGUUUCUGGUGGAUCUUGCGGUUCCCUGUCUUCCUGGCCAUAUUGAUCAAUUUCUUCAUCUUUGUCCGCAUCAUUCACCUUCUUGUGGCCAAGCUGCGUGACCGGCAGAUGCACUAUGCUGACUACAAAUUCCGGCUAGCCAGGUCCACGCUGACCCUCAUCCCUCUGCUGGGGGUCCAUGAGGUGGUCUUUGCCUUUGUGACUGACGAGCACGCCCAGGGCGCCCUCCGUUCCAUCAAGCUCUUUUUCGACCUCUUCUUCAGUUCUUUCCAGGGUCUGCUGGUGGCUGUCCUCUACUGUUUCCUCAACAAGGAGGUGCAGGCAGAGCUACUGCGGCGUUGGAGGCGAUGGCGAGAAGGCAAAGCCCUUAAGGAGGAACAGAUGGCUAGCUGCCGUGGCAACCACACGGCCCCAGCAGGGUCUAGUCACGGUGAACCUGGUGAGAAACUUCAGCUCGUGACUGCAGGCAGCUGCAACGGGACUAAACCCUCUGUGGAGACCUCCAUCACCAGCAGUCUCUCAGGGCUGACUGACAGCCCCACCUGAAGCCCCACGGGAGCCCAGCCAGGCUGGAUUCAGUAAGGGCCUUACAGGACAACUCAGAACCAGACGCCUGGCCAAGGCUGGAGAGACAACACAGCCAGACAGCAGCAUGUGCUGUCCACACUCCCUCAACCUGUCCUGACCCUGGCACAGGCCACACUGAUGGAGUGGGGGUGAAUUUGAUGGAGGAGUUAUACUAUGAACUGUGGUGUUCCCGUGUGCUGGCAUGUCCCGUGUGCCCAAUGUAUGUCCUUCAAUAAAGG